AUGCGUAAAUACGUGGCAUUGUAUGAAAAUUCUGGAUCCGGCAGCAGGGACUACAGGAGUUUGCGAAGGGAGUACAAAAUGUUAUUGCUUGGGAAAUCGUUCCAUUCCGUGACGGACAAGAGGUCCCAGAGCAACGAUUGUGGAGAGAACAGUGUCACAAUUGUGACCGAGAAGAAAAUAGAAGAUGAUACUUCAGAUUCUUCUAGCAGUGAAAAUGUCGAAAUAGAAGAUAAAUCCCUUCCAUUAGUGGAGAGUAAUUUGGAAACUCAAUCAGAGGGGCAUUCCGCCCAAUGCGCCUGUCCCAAUUGCGAUGAAAUACUAUCAAGAUAUUCCGAGUGCAGUAUUUGUUUGGAGCCAUUACAGUGCUGCGGACCCUGUGUCUGCCCAUGGUGUGGUGGGGUAUGGUGCAAUCGCUGCUCCCGUCGAAUGACCCGGUGCGCAUGGUGCAGAGGAGUAUUAAGGACUCCUGCCACCCCCUGCCUGGCCCUUCAACGUCUGAUUAAUGAUCUCAUGCUGCCGUGUAGAAAUUACAGGUAUUUAUUUAUGCGUCUGAGCGGAAACAUAACCGGCAUGAUAGUAAUGCGAGCUAAUAAAAUUCUGUGCGUCAUUUUAUUAGUUCACAAAGAAUAUAUUAUACUUUAA